ACCCAUUUAUUUAAAAUAAAUAAAAUAUUUACAAAACAACAAAACAUUUUCUGGCCACCAUUUGUUUCCUAGUACCUAUUAUUUUCCAUUUAUUUAUUAAUCAUUUAUUUCCACAACCACAACAUUGACGGUCCAAAAUAAUUAAAAUAAAAUAAAAAUAAAAUUGCGGUGGUUUAGAGUUUACUUGGGGAUUCUUCCAAACUUUGCAAAUUGAUUACAGAAGAACAGCAAAAAAGUCUUGACGAAUUCGCAAUUUUGUUUUCUAGUUUCUUGUGGGAUUGACUUGUCACUUCAGUUGGAGUUUUCUGCUUAAAGGUGAUUUUUAUGAUAGUAUUGUUCAAUUGUGUGUUGCUGAGGAUCUAGAAGUAUUUGUGGAUUUAAUUUUGUGGACAUUGGUUGUAUUGAUUAAGGGUUUUAGGUAUUUGCUAUUAUUGGGGUUUGGGUGGAAUGAAAGUAUGAUUAUGAGAGUGGUCAGGGGGCAUUUUCGACGUCGUCGAUGGAAUCCCCUGACAAAAAUUUAUUGGGGGUAAAGUUUUGGAGUCUUCGGAAAGGUGAGUCGGCCAAUGUGUCGAGGGAUUUUUGGAUGCCCGAUCAGAGCUGUAGGGUGUGUUAUGAGUGUGAUUCCCAGUUCACAGUAUUUAAUAGAAGGCAUCAUUGCCGUCAUUGUGGUCGGAUUUUUUGUGCCAAGUGUACAACUCAUUCAGUUCCCGUUCAUUCUGACGAAUCCAAGUGUGACAGAGAGGAAACCGAGCGAAUUAGGGUAUGUAACUAUUGCUUCGGACUAUGGGAGCAAAGUUUGUUGACAGUUAAUCAUGAAACUGGUGGUGCUUCUAGUCCAGGACUUAGUCCAUCUCCAUCGGCAGCUAGCUUGGGGAGCAUUAAUUCCAGCUUUACUGGUGAUAGUAGUACAAGUACAGUAGGUUCAAUGGCUUACUCAACCGGACCAUACGAACAUGUGACGUAUGGUUCUUCUUUAAGUCCUGAGCAAUCUUCCCAAACUGUUCUAGAUAGUCAAGGCAAAGGAGCGUCUGAUCCGAUUAGUAUAAAUACUUUUGUGGACAUUGGAGAUCAAUCUUCAAAUGCUAAUCAGUAUGAUCAUGCUGUAAAUAGGAGUGAUGAAGAGGAAAAUACAAGUGGAAGGUAUUAUGGUGCUGUUAAUUAUGAUGAAAUUGACCAUAUUUAUCGAUCUUGCAAAGGAGAUUUUGAUGGAGAAGGGAAUGAUCGAAAAGUAGUCAGUCCUUUGCCUUCUUUGGAUUUUGGUUCAGAGUUUCUGGAAGGAAUCAAGGCUUCUGUCAAUGAACCAGGCAGUCACAACAAUAAUGAUGAAUCUGAAACUUCCCUAUAUGGGAUCGAGAGUGCUGAACUAGAAAAUCUGGAUUUUGAGAACAAUGGAUUACUUUGGAUUCCUCCAGAGGCUGAAGAUGAAGAUGAUGACCGAGAAGCUGAUCUUUUUGAUGAUGAAGAUGAUGGAGAUGCUGUUGGCGAAUGGGGAUAUCAGAGCUCUACAGGCAGCUUGACUAGCGGAGAACUUCAGCACAGGGAAAAAGCAAAUGAGGAACAUCGAAAAGCUAUGAGAAGUGUGGUUGGUGGGCACUUUAAAGCACUGAUAACACAGCUUUUGCAAAAUGAAAACCUUCCUGUUCCGGAUGAACACGACAAAGAAAGUUGGUUGGACAUUAUCACCUCUUUGUCAUGGGAGGCUGCCUCACUUCUUAAGCCCGACAUGAGCAAAGGUAGUGGGAUGGAUCCUGGUGGGUAUGUAAAAGUGAAAUGCUUGGCGUGUGGGAAGCGAAGUGAUAGUUUGGUGAUCAAAGGAGUUGUUUGUAAAAAGAAUCUUGCUCAUCGCCGAAUGACGGCCAAGUUUGAUAGACCACGCCUUUUAAUUCUUGGAGGAGCAUUGGAGUAUCAACGGGUCUCUAAUCACUUGUCAAGUUUUGACACACUAUUGCAGCAGGAAAUGGAUCAUCUGAAGAUGGCUGUUGCUAAAAUCAGUGCUCAUAAUCCCAAUAUUGUAUUAGUGGAGAAAUCUGUUUCAAGAUUUGCCCAGGAGUACCUUCUUGCAAAAAAUAUCUCUCUGGUAUUGAAUAUCAAAAGACCCCUCUUAGAGCGUAUUGCUCGCUGCACUGGUGCACAAAUUGUUCCCUCUGUGGAUCAUCUCAAGUCUCAAGUAUUGGGGUAUUGUGACUCCUUCUAUGUGGAGAGGUACUUUGAGGAACAUGGAAGUGCUGACCAAGGUGGGAAGAAACUGACAAAGACCUUGAUGUUUUUUGAAGGGUGUCCAAAACCCUUAGGAUGUACUAUCCUGCUCAAAGGAGCCCCUGGUGAUGAGUUAAAAAAAGUCAAACAUGUUAUCCAGUAUGGAGUUUUUGCUGCAUAUCAUUUGGCUUUAGAAACAUCUUAUCUUGCGGAUGAAGGUGCUUCUUUACCGGAACUUCCUCUAAAGUCUCCAUUGACUGUUGGAAUACCUGACAAGCCAUUAAACAUUAAUAGAUCCAUCUCCACUGUUCCUGAUCUUGUUACCCCAAUAACCGAAAGGCCUCAGAGUGAAACCAGUCUCUUGUUUUCGAAAGUGCCUUCAGUUAGUACUUCUAAUAGUGCUCCUGUCUCAGAAGCAUCUCUGCCAAGUUCUGUGACAAAGUGCAUGGAAUCUCACUCAAGUUCUGUUUGUAAUGAUGUAGCUCAACAUAGUGUUUCAGAUCAAUUUCCGGAAGGCCACCUUCUUGAUGGUGGUGCAGUUGCUAGAUCUUUCAGCACGUCUCUUCAGGAAAAUGAUGAUAGUGCGUUGAUUGAGCAUGAUCUUAACAAACUAGGGAAUUUGUCAGGGUUGAACUAUCGGGAACAGAAUGGAAAAGUGCAACCUUUGAAAGAAGAAUUUUCUUCUGCACCUUCUGAUGGUCAGAGCAUAUUGGUGUCUUUAACAACACGCUGUGUGUGGAAGGGAGUGGUGUGUGAGAGGGCUCAUCUUUUCCGUAUCCAGUACUAUCGGAACUUUGAUAAGCCUUUGGGAAGAUUUUUACUGGAUGAUCUGUUUGAUCAAAAUUACCAAUGCCGUGUUUGUGAGAUGCCAUCAGAAGCACAUAUUCACUGUUACACCCAUCAGCAAGGGAGCCUUACUAUUUCUGUGAGGAAGCUUACUGAUUUACUGUUACCUGGGGAAAGGGAAGGUAAAAUCUGGAUGUGGCAUAGGUGCCUUCGAUGUCCACGGUUUAAUGGAUUUCCUCCCGCUACUAGAAGAAUUGCUAUGUCUGAUGCAGCCUGGGGACUAUCAUUUGGAAAAUUCUUGGAACUCAGCUUUUCAAACCAUGCAGCCGCAAGCAGAGUUGCUAGUUGUGGACAUUCUCUACACAAGGAUUGUCUUAGAUUCUACGGCUGUGGACGGAUGGUUGCUUGCUUUCGCUAUGCACCAAUUGUUGUUCAUUCUGUCUUCCUUCCGCCAUCAAAACUCGAGUUUACUUAUGAUAAUUUGGAGUGGAUCCAAAAAGAAGUAGAUGAGGUACGGGAACGGGCAGAGCUUCUGUAUACUGAAGUCUGCAAUGCAUUAAACGAGAUUUCUAAAAAAUGGUUGAGGUCUGGGUCACUGGAUAACAGCGCAAAAGCUUGUGGAUUGAGAAAACACAUUAUGGAACUAGAAAGGAUAUUGAAGAGGGAGAAAGAAGAUAUUGAGGAGUCUCUGCUAAAAGCUUUGCAAACAGAAAGACAAGCUGGUAUUGACAUUUUAGAAAUCAAUAGAUUGAGGCGGCGUUUAUUGAUCCAAACUUAUGUCUGGGACCAGCGCUUGAUUCAUUCAUCAAAUUUUGAACCAACAGAAACUCCAUUUGGGUUUGAAUCUGAUAGUCCUAUUCUGGAAAAAACGGAAGAAAUGCCAACUAAUGAAGAAAAGCCUAUCAUGAAUGCUGAUGAUGAACCAACGAAAGAAUUGGAGGGUUGUGGCUCUGUAAUUUCAAACGAAAAGAGUGGUACAGAUGAUGACCAAGGUCAUGGCACCAUUAAUCAGCACAGUUUAUGCUCUGGAGAAAGAAAUGUAGACCAAGAAUCAACGUGUAAGGAAAGGGAUGGGUUGUUUCCCUAUGGGAAUAAUAUGGCUGAAGUAGGUCCAUUUGCUUCUGCAAAUACAGUUGGACGAGUUAUUUCAGCUGGAGACUUGCCAAAUAUGGCUAGUUUAUCUGAUACUUACGAGGCAGCAUGGAUUGGUGAAUGCCACUCAGGAAGUGUCAAAUCCAAGGAAAAUGAUGCAACUGAUUCAACCCUUGCCAGAUCUGUUACAUCGAGUGCUACUUUUGAGAAGCACACUGAUGCAUGUGAUGAGGGAGAAAUUCAUCGAGCUUCUAGUCUGGCUUUGCCAAUUAAGAGUUCUGAUGUUAUGGAUAACUCCACAUAUUGGUUAAAGGUGCCCUUUCUUAACCUUUAUCAAUCACUUGGAAAAAAUGCCUCAUUGAAUGCUCAAAAGCUUGAUGCAGUAGGGGACUAUAAUCCAGUCUUUGUUUCUUCGUUUCGUGAAUUGGAGCGUCAAGGUGGGGCCAGGCUUCUACUUCCCGUGGGUGUUAAUGAUACUGUUAUACCAGUUUAUGAUGAUGAACCCACAAGUAUCAUAGCAUAUGCUCUUGUAUCACCAGAUUAUCAAACUCAGGUGUCUGAUGAUCCCGGGAUUGAAUCUACCGUUUCUUUGCCCCACAUAAGUUCAGCAAAUUCCCUUUCACUUCUUUCACCAGUUGAUGCAGCAGCUAUUGGCCAAAUGAGAAGUUUUGGGUCGUCUGAAGAAAGUUUUUUAUCAAUGAGUGGGCCAAGGAAUUCCCUCAUCUUGGAUCCUUUAUUCUACACUAAGGCGCUGCAUGCUAGAGUUUCUUUUUCAGAUAAUGGUCCUCUCGGAAAAGUUAAAUAUACUAUCACUUGUUAUUAUGCAAAACGAUUUGAGGCCCUUCGAAAGAUUUGUUGUCCUUCUGAGAUGGAUUACAUCAGGUCUCUUAGCCGAUGCAAGAAAUGGGGUGCACAAGGUGGAAAAAGUAAUGUCUUUUUUGCAAAGACUUUAGAUGAUAGAUUUAUUAUCAAACAAGUUACAAAGACAGAGCUGGAGUCGUUUAUCAAGUUUGCUCCAUCUUAUUUUAAGUACCUCUCCGAGUCUAUCAGCUGUUGCAGCCCAACCUGUCUGGCGAAAAUUCUGGGUAUAUAUCAGGUCACAUCCAAGCAUAUAAAAGGAGGGAGGGAGUCCAAGAUGGAUGUUUUAGUGAUGGAGAAUCUCUUGUUUCGACGUAAUGUUGUACAACUUUAUGACCUGAAAGGUUCGUGUAGAUCACGAUACAAUCCGAAUUCCAGUGGUGACAACAAAGUUUUGCUUGACCAGAACUUGAUAGAAACAAUGCCUACUUCUCCAAUUUUUGUCGGGAACAAGGCUAAACGAUUGCUUGAACGAGCUGUUUGGAAUGAUACGUCAUUUCUCGCUUCAAUUGAUGUGAUGGAUUAUUCUUUAUUGGUUGGUAUCGAUGAAGAAAAACGUGAACUCGUGGUUGGUAUUAUCGAUUUCAUGAGGCAAUAUACAUGGGAUAAGCAUCUCGAGACUUGGGUGAAAGCGUCUGGGAUUCUGGGUGGGCCGAAAAAUGCAACCCCAACAGUAAUAUCGCCCGAUCAGUAUAAAAAACGGUUCAGGAAAGCUAUGUCAACUUACUUCAUCAUGGUUCCUGAUCAGUGGUCUCCUCCGACUAUCAUUCCAAGUGAACCCUUUUCGGACCACAAUGAGGAAAACCCAAAAAAUGCGAUUUCACCUCGAUUAUUAUAGAAGUCUCAAAAUCAUUAAAUGUAUGAAAUUGUAAGUGUAUAGGUGCCUGGUACAACUGUUGUAAUUUCUUGUUUUGACUGUAUAUUAUUGUUAAAUUUGUUGAUUGAUUUAGAUUAUAAUAAGGCUCGAUAAUGCAAUUGAUGUAGUUUCAUUAUUCCA